GAAUCAGUUGAAUUGAAGCAGCAGCAAUGAAAGUGUUUUUCUCAAUUUUUACGCUCGUCCUCUUCCAAGGGACCCUUGGAGCGGAUACUCAAGGAUAUAAAUGGAAGCAAUUGCUCUACAAUAAUGUUACACCAGGAUCCUACAAUCCGGAUAAUAUGAUCAGUACGGCUUUUGCCUACGAUGCUGAGGGUGAAAAACUCUUCCUAGCUGUCCCAAGGAAGUUACCCAGAGUUCCGUAUACAUUGGCGGAAGUGGAUACAAAGAAUAGUCUUGGUGUUAAGGGAAAACAUUCACCGUUACUUAACAAAUUCAGUGGGCACAAAACUGGGAAGGAACUAACAUCAAUCUAUCAGCCAGUUAUUGAUGAUUGUCGUCGCCUUUGGGUGGUUGAUAUUGGUUCCGUGGAAUAUCGCUCAAGAGGUGCCAAAGACUACCCGAGUCAUCGUCCUGCAAUUGUUGCGUACGACCUAAAGCAACCAAACUACCCCGAAGUUGUUCGAUACUAUUUCCCCACAAGAUUAGUGGAGAAGCCAACAUAUUUCGGUGGAUUUGCCGUUGAUGUUGCAAACCCAAAGGGGGAUUGUAGUGAAACUUUUGUCUACAUUACAAACUUCCUCAGGGGAGCUCUCUUUAUAUACGAUCAUAAGAAGCAGGAUUCGUGGAAUGUAACUCAUCCCACCUUCAAAGCAGAACGACCCACUAAAUUUGAUUACGGCGGAAAGGAAUAUGAAUUCAAAGCCGGAAUUUUCGGAAUUACUCUCGGAGAUCGAGACAGUGAAGGCAAUCGUCCAGCUUACUACUUAGCCGGAAGUGCCAUCAAAGUCUACAGCGUCAACACGAAAGAACUUAAGCAGAAGGGUGGAAAGCUGAAUCCGGAGCUUCUUGGAAACCGCGGGAAGUACAACGAUGCCAUUGCCCUAGCUUACGAUCCCAAAACUAAAGUUAUCUUCUUUGCUGAGGCCAACACAAAGCAAGUAUCCUGCUGGAACACACAGAAAAUGCCACUGAGGAUGAAGAAUACCGACGUAGUCUACACUAGUUCUCGCUUUGUCUUUGGAACGGACAUUUCGGUUGAUAGCAAGGGCGGCCUCUGGUUCAUGUCUAACGGCUUUCCGCCUAUAAGGAAAUCAGAAAAAUUCAAAUAUGACUUCCCACGCUACCGUCUAAUGAGGAUCAUGGACACACAGGAAGCAAUUGCCGGAACUGCUUGCGAUAUGAAUGCAUAAAAGUUAAUUUUCAACCCAAGAAGAAGACCUAAAGAGGCUUUUCCAGGCUUUGAUGCAGGAGAGGUGGUUAUCAACGCAAAAUCAGCUAUUGUUGUAUGAGGAGGAGAAAUUAUUGAUUCUGAAUUCUAUAAAAAAAAAUUUAAUUUGUGAAAUAUUUGGCAAUAAUAAAUUAAUUGAAUUACAAGAAA